CGAUAUGUAAAAGUGGUUAUAAAUAAAUCGCCAAGAAAUAUAAUUUAAAAAUCUAAAUUUUAAUAAAUAUGUCACGAUUGAGCGAGGACGAGAUUGCUAAAGCACUUAGUUUAGAAGAAGCAGCAUUAGAUGAGUUCAAGUUACGCAAAGGAUCACUUCCAAAUCAAGGAAAUUACAGUAAAACAUCGAUAAAUGACAAUAAGCUACGACAUUCACUCCAUUCUUCAUCUUCUUCAUCGAGUUUGACAAAUAUUGAGCGUAAAAUUGAUGAGUUGGAUUUAAUAUCGUUUACAAAUGAUGAAAAUGAUCAGACAAAAGUCGUCAAAAAAAAGGAAAAUGAUCCAUAUAAUAAGCUAAUAGAGCCAAUUCUUCAGUUAAACUCAAAUAGAAGUCAAAUAGUUCCAUAUACCACCAAUACAAAUCAGCAGGCAUCGUCACAAUCAUUUCCAAGCUUAUACAGCCUCAGUAAUACAGCAAGCAAUCAAUAUUAUAGUCAGCAAAUGUAUUUUAAUCCAUCAAAUUAUCAUCCAAGAAUUGGAUUCGAAAGAUUCACGUCUCAACCACAAUAUUCAGCCUAUAAUAAUAAUAAUAAUUCAGUUUAUUCAGGAAUCAACCAACAACCAACUUAUGGACUUUAUUCACAGACACAGACACAAUAUGGAUGGACACGACUUCCAGUACCUUCAACUAGCAUUGCUAUACCACCAACAACUUUUCAACAAUCAUUUCAUACUGUAAAGAGUGAGAAUUCAUUAAUAAAAGUAUCAGAUACAUUAAAAACAGCUACACCCCAAAGUAUAGCUAGCAGCAGCCAGUCAUUAACUAGUUCACAUAGUAGUCAAAAUCUAGUAAUUAAAAGGACAUCCAAAAAUGAGAAUUUAAUCAAUUUAGACGAUGCUGACGACUCUAAUGUUUUCGCGAAUAUUCUCGAAGCUUUUGAUCCAUUAUCGUCAAAAAAUGAGGAAGCAAGUAAUGCGUAUUAUACAGAUCAAGAUCCAUUUGACUAUAUAUACAGUGGCGGUACACAAUAUUCAGAUCCCUUAUAUGAAGCAGUUAUUAGAAGUGACAGGUCAGUUGCAUCACCAAAAAAUCAAUCUAUACAGGACAUUUCAUCAGAAUAUUACAGCACUGGAUCGAUUAAGGAAGAAAACAAAUAUUCACAAGACGAACCGCCACCACUUCCUCCAAGAAAUUCUACUCAUUCCAAUCAACAUGAAACGAUAAAUAGUCAACAAUUUUAUACAAAUAAUCAAUACUCCAAAAAAUUAUAUGAGAAUAUAGUCGAACGUAAAAAGUAUGAUAAAGACUCGAUCGCAUUUUAUAAUAUGGUUAAGGAUUUAAGGUCAAAAUAUAAUUAUAAUGAUACUGCAUCUAAUGUUGGACAUAUUGUAGCUGCAACACUCGACAGUAAAUAUCUUAAUGUUUCAAUUAUUAAAAUUUUGGUAUAUCCAUCAUUCGAAUGCUUCAAUUUACCAAAUAAUUAUCUGCAAAAUUAUAAAAUCAAGUCAAAUACGGAAAAUUAUCAAAAGCUUGAUACUUAUUUAGAUCCAGUGGCAUUUACAUGUGAUAUAAAUUCAACGACCGUACAUGUUAUCAUGCAAGUGCUGUCAAAUCUUGAAAAUGAACUAAGCGGAAAUGCUGAAAAUUAUGCAUUAAAAACGAUUGGCUCGCAGGAAUGGUUAUCGCCUUUGUCAAGUCUAUCACAAUUAGAAUAUAUUCACAAUAUGAUUAAGUUAGAAAAGGACGUACAGCUUGGUCUAUUUCCUAAAAAGGAUGAAUAUAUGAAAGUCAUUGCCAGGACACAACAAGAUGAUUCCCGUGAUGCACAGCUUAAAAUGGAAAAUAUUCUACCAAAUGAUCCAGUAACGUCAAUCAGCUAUGCGUCAUUAAUAAUUUUACUUGAAACUUUAGAAAUGGAGAUAGACAAACUGGAAUCAGCCAGCACGUCCCAAAUAUAUUCAUCGUUUAAUUCUUCGGGAGUUAUUCAAGCUGUUAAAGCCAUUUGUGCAUUACUUGGCGCUAUUGAUACUUUUGAGCUUUAUACUGCCAUUAAUAAGUUGAAAAACACAUGCGAUGAGCAAUUAAGAAACAUUCAUCAACAGCCGUCAUUUAGUCGCACAACAUUUCAAGUUGAGUCAGAAAAAGGAAAUUAUUCUCAAGUGACAUUGAAGCCUCGAAGCAUUAGUGAAGAGAUUAAGCUACUUUGUGAUGAUAUUAGAGAUUCUGUACAGCAUUUAUUAGAAGUUUAUUCGCAAGCAUUCCAAGUUAAUUUUUCAGUCAAUCGUCCACAUUGGGAGUCACCCAUAAAAACUAUUGCAAAUGUUUCCCAACAUGUCAUGUUAAAUGUAAUGGCACUUCAUCGUCCACCAUCUCAUUGGAAAUACGAUGAAUAUAAGCUAGCAAGUCAAAUAUAUCAUGGAACAAGGGGCGUUAGUGAUCCACGAAUCACUCCUUGUUCUAAUAGUCUUUGUGGAUUCUUUCCUCGCCUUACAUUCGAUAGCUGGUUAAUAUUUGAUGAUGUUCCAGUUUGUUCCUUACCACGUGAAUCAAGAAUUGUCUUUGUGCUUUAUGGAUGUUUAAAACAACCAGUUGACGGACAAGCCACAAAUGAUGCAAGUCAAAAUAAUAAUCAUGAAGGUGAAAUGACACAAGAGGAACUAGGAUGGACAUCAAUACAAUUCUUUGAUUUUGAGAGACAAAUGAUUCAAGGAACUUACUUUCUCUCAUUUUGGCCACCAACUAAUGAGAAAUAUUUAUGUCCAUCACCACAAAGAGGAACACAUCCGCAAGGAGAUUAUUGUCCUAUAUUAAGCAUUGAAAUUCCAUUUUUUGACGGAUGUUUAGUCUUUCCCGAUAUUGUGAUUAAUGCUAAUUUACCAAAGCUCGAUUACGAGUGCUUGGAUAGAAAUUUACAAGAUGAAUUACUUGAUACAGUCAAUCAAGGAAUUCUCUUUAAUCAAAUUGAUAAACGUGAAGUUUUAUGGGAAAAAAGGCAUUAUCUUCACAAAUUCCCAAAAGCACUGCCAAAAAUAUUAAAUACAGCACACAGUUGGGAUUAUGCAUCAUUGUCAGACUUGCAUGCACUUGUUCUUCAGUCAUCAGCUUUAAAGCCAUUGGAAGCAAUUGAAUUACUUCUACCUAAAUACCCAGACUUAUUUGUGAGAGAACAAGCUGUCAAGUGGAUAUCGAAAAUGGAUGAAGAUGAACUUGUUGAUUUUUUGCCGCAAUUAUUACAAGCACUAAAGUUUGAUUGUUAUGAAUCUUCACCGCUAGCUUGCUUCUUGCUUGGUAGAUCAUUGGAUUCACCACGAGUUGCUCACUUCCUUUAUUGGCUAUUAAUUCAGAAUUUACCUGGUGAUUGUCCACAAAAUACGAUGGAAACAAAUCAAUUUUAUGAAGAUAAUUAUGUCUUAUUACAAUGUAGAUUCCAUAGACGUAAUCAGAUGAUGCUAAGAGCAUUAUUAGCUAUUUGUGGUGAGAAUCUUUGUGGACGAUUCUUAUCCCAAAAUGUCCUUUGUAAGUCACUCGAUGAUGUUGCAAAAAGUGUUAAAACAGCAAAAGAAUCAUUGAGACUUCCAAUUUUACGUCAAACUAUUGAAAAUGUUCACCAAAUAUUGAGCGAAAAUCCAACAACUUUACCACUUUCGCCAGGACUUGAAGUUAAAGGAGUCGUCGCUAAGACAUGUUCAUAUUUUAAUUCGAAUACUUUGCCUUUAAAGAUUAAUUUUAUGGGACCAGAUGAGCUUAUUAUUCCUGCAAUCUUUAAAUGUGGUGAUGAUUUACAGCAAGACAUGUUGACUCUUCAAAUUGUCAGAAUUAUAGACAAGAUGUGGCUUAAAGAAGGCUUAGACCUUAAAAUGGUCUCUUUCCAAUGCAUUCCAACUGGAUUUAAAAAAGGCAUGAUUGAAAUGAUAACAAAUGCUGAAACAUUACGUGAAAUUCAAGUCAAAUGUGGACUGACUGGAUCUUUUAAAGAUAAACCGAUUGCUGAAUGGCUCCAGAAGCAGAAUCCCAAUCAAUUAGAGUAUCAACGUGCUGUUGACAAUUUUACAUCUUCAUGUGCUGGAUAUAGCAUUAUUACAUACAUUCUUGGCAUUUGUGAUCGUCAUAAUGACAAUAUUAUGCUUAAAACUAGUGGACAUAUCUUUCAUAUUGAUUUUGGGAAGUUUCUUGGCGACGCACAAAUGUUUGGGAAUUUUAAACGUGAUCGAACUCCUUUUGUGCUUACAUCUGACAUGGCUUAUGUUAUUAAUGGCGGUGAUAAACCAUCAUCGAAAUUCCACAACUUUGUUGAUCUAUGCUGUAAAGCUUUUAAUAUUGUUAGAAAGCAUGGAGAUUUAUUGUUACAUAUUUUUGCAUUUAUGGCAUCGUCUGGCAUUCCUGGAGUAACUAGUGAUGCUGUAAAUUAUGUUAGAAAUGCACUUAUGCCUGGCGCGUCAAAUCCUGAAGCUGCUUCAAAUUUUGCUAAGAUGAUUCAUGUGUCUUUAAAGAGCUGGUUUACUCAGUUUAACUUUUUCCUUCAUAAUUUGGCACAAAUGAGAUUUACAAAUCAAGGGGAAGGAAGUGAAGUUUUGAGCUUUGUGCCUAAGACAUAUAAUGUCUCACAAGAAGGGUCUAUUGGCAAUAUAAUUGUUCAUGGAUAUCAGAAACGAUACAAUUUGGAGAAAUAUUAUACGUACAUUUUAAUAGUCUUUCGUGAAAAUAAUCCAGAUCCUGUUUACUUGUUUCGUACCUACAAGGAGUUUUGUGAAUUACAUCAAAAACUGUGCUUGCUAUUUCCACUUGCUCGACUUCACAGCCUACAAAGUGGCAUUUCUGUUGGAAGGUCAAAUAUUAAAACAGUCGCUGAGCGACGUCUGCCUGAGGUCAAAAAAUUCAUCAAUUCUCUUCUAAAUGCAUCAACUGAGAUCAUAAAUUCCGAUUUAGUCAUUACAUUUUUCCAUCCAUUAUUGAGGGAUCAACAAGAAGCUGACAUUCAUGCCUUGAAAAUGCGCGAAGAUAAGAAAUCACCGGAAAAUAAUAUUUGUGGAGAAAUUAAGUUUUCGAUUCAUUAUCAUCGUGAUACGUUCAUUGUUAUGAUCCAUCACGCAAGAAGCUUACCCAUCACAACAAGCGGACAGGAACCAAACACAUACGUGAAAAGCUAUUUAAUACCUGAUAAAUCAAAAAUAACAAAACGAAAGACUCGAGUAGUCAAGAAAACAUGCUAUCCAAGUUUUAUGGAAACAUUAGAAUACAGGAUGGCUAUUCAAGUCAUCAAAUUGAAGACAUUACAAAUUACAGUCUGGGGACAUGACACAUUACAAGAAAAUGAAUUUUUGGGCGGCGUGCAAAUUCCACUAGUUGGACUGAAUUUAAAGGAAGAGAUUGUCGGAUGGCAUCAACUUGUUUAUCUGCCUAGAUCAUAAUUUUUCAUAAUUUUUAUCAUAAUUCUGCUAGUUAUUUAUACAGCCAAAAAAAGCUUAUUUUUUAUAAUAUUUAAAAAAGUUAUUAUAUAUUUCAUGUGCUGUACAUGAAAACUUAUUCCAUUUAUGUUUAUUAUUUUUUUUUUUCAUAAUAAGCUAUACAUUGACAACCAAUAACAGCAAUAAAAUGAAUAUUCUGAGUAUUAUUAUUAC